GUGAGUGAGCAAUGCUCUAAACUGCAUUUAGCUGUCCCUUCACACAUCCUGCCCCACAUAUACAGCACAUUAAAGAGGGUCUUGCAAUGGAAAAGGCAGCUCCAAUCUUGAAGGCGCCAGAAGUGAAAGACUAUCUGAUCAAGGGAGCUCGCUUUACCAAGUGGGAUGACGACACUGGAGUCACAUCGCCUGUAAUGAUGAAAAUGGAUCCAAAGGGCUACUAUGUAUACUGGACUCACCAGAACAAAGAAAUGGAAUUCUUAGAUAUUACGUGUAUUCGUGACACACGAGUAGGAAAAUACGCAAAAAUUCCCAAGACCCCAAAAGUUCGGAAUGUCUUCAAUCUGGAUUUUCCAGAGAACAACUACUUAGCAAAAACCCUGACAAUUGUUUCUGGUCCGGACGUGGUGAACCUUUCUUAUAGCAACUUUUUUGCUUACAAAGAACAUAUUGCCAAGGACUGGGCUGAUGACAUACUGUCAAUUGCUUACAACCCAUUGACAAAUAACGCCUGUCGACAAGUUUUCUUAGAAAAAAUAUAUGUUCGGAUUACUUUGCAAACAAAUAAAGAUGGGAAAAUCCCAGUAAAGAAUAUCUAUCAGAUGUUCCCUUCUGAUAGAAAGAAGGUGGAAGCAGCUCUGACCUCCUGUCGCCUGCCGAAAGGAAAGAAUGAUUCAAUGAAGCCUGAAGAAUUUUCUGAAUCUGUCUACAAGAGUUUCCUGAUGCACCUUUGCCCAAGACCAGAAAUUUAUGAGAUUUUCACAUCUUACAAUACUAAAGCUAAACCAUAUAUGACCAAAGAGAACUUUUGCAAGUUCAUUAAUGAAAAACAGAGGGACUCACGGCUCAAUGAGAUUCUGUUCCCCAGACUGAAGCCUGAGCAGGUCAAGGCCAUAAUUGAGAGAUAUGAACCCAGCCAGGCAAAUGCGCAGAGAGGCCAGAUAUCUCCAGAAGGGCUACUCUUUUAUCUCUUGGGACCUGAAAACAGUGUGGUUGAUCCUGAGAAGCUUCUGAUAUACCAGAAUAUGGCACAGCCCCUUCCUCACUACUAUAUUAAGUCUUCCCACAACACCUACUUGACUGCGGGUCAGUUCUCUGGAGUUUCCUCCCCUGAGAUGUACAGACAGUGUCUUCUUACUGGCUGUCGCUGUGUAGAGCUUGAUUGCUGGAAUGGAAAGCCACCAGAUGAAGAGCCUAUCAUCACACAUGGCUUUACCAUGACAACUGAAAUAUUAUUCAAGGAUGUCAUUGAGGCCAUCGCAGAGAGUGCCUUCAAAACGUCUCAGUACCCUGUAAUCCUGUCCUUCGAGAAUCAUGUGGAUUCGGUCAAACAGCAAAAGAAGAUGGCAGAUUACUGUAAGAAUAUUUUUGGUGAGGCACUGUUAAUAGAUCCCUUGGAAAAAUAUCCGCUGAAACCUGGACAACAGAUACCUAGUCCUAGCGAGUUGCUUGGCAAAAUUCUGAUCAAGAACAAAAAGAACCAGUCACGCAAUGAGAGCGCUCAAGGCCCAGCAAAGAAAAAUGUAGCUGUGGAUGCAAGUUGCCCAGAGCAGGACUCCAGUCAAAUGCCCAGUACCCAAGAGAGUGAGCCGACUGAAGAAGCAGAGGAUCGUGAAGAAGUUGAUGAGGCAGUUGAGGAAGACGAGGAGCAGAUGAAGAAUUCCGAUGAGGGAACAGCUGGACAAGAAGUGACAGCUUUUGAAGAAAUGUCAGCGUUGGUAAACUACAUCCAACCCAACAAAUUUGUUUCUUUCGAACAUGCGAAAAAAAAGAAUCGUAGCUAUGUUGUCUCAUCCUUCGUGGAAACUAAAGCCAUAGAACUGGUCACCAAGUUCCCAGUGGAGUUUGUUGAUUAUAACAAGAGGCAGAUGAGCCGGAUCUAUCCCAAAGGAACUAGGAUGGAUUCGUCCAACUACAAUCCACAGAUCUUCUGGAAUGCUGGAUGCCAAAUGGUUGCCCUAAAUUACCAGACCAUGGAUUUUCCAAUGCAGCUGAACAUGGCCUUGUUUGAGUUCAACAGCAGGACUGGCUACCUGCUCAAGCAUGAUUUCAUGCGACGAACUGAGAAGAGAUUCGACCCUUAUGCUAUGGAUCGGAUUGAUGUUAUUGUGUCAAAUACACUAUCAAUUAAGAUCUAUUCUGGACAAUUUCUGUCUGAUAAAAGUGUUAAAACUGCAGUUGAAGUGGAGGUGAUUGGGCUACCAGGUGACCCAAAGCGUAAGUACAGGACCAAGUGGACAUCAACGCCAAACUCAAUAAAUCCAGUUUGGAAGGAAGAACCUUUUGUGUUUGACAAGAUUCUAAUGCCAGAAAUGGCUUCCUUGAGAAUUGCAGUUUAUGAAGAAGGGGGAAAGCUUAUUGGACACAGAAUCAUACCAGUCCAUGUGUUGAGAUCAGGUUUUCAUCAUGUUUGCCUACGAAGUGAGAGCAAUAUGCCUUUGACAUUGCCAUCCUUGUUCGUGUACAUUGAAGUGAAGGACUAUAUCCCAGAAUCCUUUGCAGAACUUUCUGAUGUUUUGUCGAAUCCUCUAAAAUUUUCAGGAUCAGAGGAGAAGUCAUCUAUUAAAAAGAAAGCAGAGGAGCCUCUGAUUCUGAAGACUUCUGUCCAGCAGGAAUCCACCGGAGCGUGUGUCAGUGAAAUCACCACAUCAACGAUUGCUCUUGUGUCAGGAGGUCCUUCAUCUGCCAUUGAUCCAUCUGUUAGUUGUCUGUCUUCACAACCUGCUGCCCUUGAGAACACUGCAAAACCAGUGACAGAUGCGAAGACAGCCUCUAUUGAGGAGCUCCAACAGAGUAAAGUGUUUGGAAAAUUUCUCAAGAAGCAAGAGAAGGAAAUCAAGGAAGUGGAGAAGAAGUUUCAGAAGAAGGAGGAAGAACUAGCACAGAAAUACACCAGCCUGUUCAGUGAAAUGCAUAGUCAGCUGAAAAAGAAGAAACCUGGCUCCUUGAAGAACCAGAAAAAGAAGAGUGACAGCAUUGACCUUUCUGAACCAGCCGUUUUGCCAGACAGCAGCUCAUCUCCAAGGGUCACAGAGCUGAAGGAGAAGCUUCGGGCAGAACUAACAAGGCUACAUGAAGAGCAGCAUGAGCUUGUCAAAAAGAAAAGAGAGCAACAUGUUUCUGAGCAAACAGCCAAGCUUCUUGAAGUAGCAAAAGAGCAACAUGCCAAUGAGCAGAAAUCUUUGAAAGAUUCCCUUGACAGUGACAUGAAAGAGAUUAAGAAGAAACUAGAGGUGAAACGUAAUGAGAAGAUGAUCAAUCUGGCUAAAUCUGGUAGUGAUAAAGUAACCAUGGAGAGAAAGAAAAAGGAGCUGAACAACACUUUCAUUCAGGACGUUGUGCAGAUGAUGCAGCGGUUUGCAGAGACUACUACUGUACAGCAGGAGAAGCUUGAAAAGAAACAGACUGCAACGGUGGAUGAAAUACAAGAAAAGGCAAACAAGCUUCUUCAGGAAGUGACCAAAGAAUUGGAAAGAAAAGCACAAGGCAUCUCGAAGGAAGUGCAAGAGAUUUUAAAUGGCUGUAUCUCCCCUUACUUCCCAGAGGAGGUUGAGACCCUCAAGGACACCAAAGUUCUUGAGAAUGGAACAAAUAAUGAUCAGCUGUGGGAAGAUGUUUACAUGGGGGACACAGGGCCAGAAAUGUAUCCUGGUAUUAAUGGGCACAAAGCAGUAAAAGUCACCAGCCAGGGCAGUAUGUCAUCACAGGCCCACACACCUACGCUUUCAGUCAAAUACUGAUUAACCUAACCUGCACACCUUUUGGAAUGUGGGAAGAAAACCGGGGUAUCUAGAGGGACACUGGGAGAAUAUACAGUCAAGCAACCAGGAGGAGUUAAAUCCAAAAUGCUCGAUCUAUAAAGCAGAAGGACUAACCACAUUCCCCCAAUUCAUCAUUUUUUUCUGUUCUGCACAGAAAGAAAUUGUGCAACACAAGCAGUGCCUGUGACCAGACAGCCGUGCUAUUAUUUACAAAGAUGUGAAACAGCAGUCAGUCAUUGUUGUAUGUUUCAGUCUUUCCAGAGCACAUCUUCAAAAGGCACUUGACAGUAAGAGACAAUUCUAGAUAAGAAGAUAAAAUGCAAGCUGUUCAGCCAUGCACGAUAGUGUUAAUGCAAAGUAAACUGACUAGCCCAUGUCAUGCACACAAAUCAGCACAAACUCAUAGGAUGGUUGUGGACGACUGAUAGUAGAGUCAAAUCAAGAAUAAUACUGCAGGGCUGAAAGAAACCCAGUAGUUGUAUGCACAUUGACCACUUCAGCCAUCCUGGAAGAGAAAACAAACCACAGUGGAAAUGACAAGGCAGAUGACCAAGGCUGCCCGUCAGCUUCUCAUUCCCUUAAAGUGUCAUACAUACGCUGGACCAUAGAGAAUGCAUGAGACAACACUAGAUCUCCCAGACAUUGUUCUUAAAUGGACAGUCCAGCUCUGGAAUUCCUGUUUAGGAACACUGUGCUGUCACUUGUCUGCAAGAGGGUCUAGUGGACCAGACUUCCGUGGCCUUUCAAUCUCCUGAUAGAUAGUCAGGAAUUGAUAACAACUGCUGGAUCUCUUGCCUUGCAGCAUCUUCUUCUCUGCUGCCAUUUUCUCUUUCUCAUGACACCUCCUUUCACAGUCUAUUGUAUUUGCUAGGCAGACAAGACCUGAAACAACUGAUGCUAUAGUGCAGCUUAUUAGCUAGAACACUCGAUAAACCUACAGGGUCACCGAUUGUAUUCUUCUCACUCAUUAACUGUGCUAACCCUGACUUCAGCUAUAAAAAAAGUAAUUGCACUCCAGCCAUUUAUUUGUAAAGUAUCUUUACAUGUAGUUCACUGCAGAAAAGCACUAUAUAAAACAAUAGUUGUAUGUACUGCAGUUUUGUUUGUUUGUUUGUUCCAAUGACCCACAACCAUUUUGAAGGGUAAACCAAGACCCCUGUUUUUGUUUUUGAAUUUUCAGAAGAUAUACCAUUCCACUGCAGGCAGUGUUAAUCCAUGUACCUUGGUAUUGAUUUGAGGAUAUAAUUGAGUUCCACCAGUCAUGAUCUUGGUGUCCAAGCCCUAAGAAACCAAUCACACGUCUGUUGAAAUAUGCUGUAAGGCAACUCGAGGAAAGUAUGAGGUUGACAUUUAGAUAGCAUCUAUCUAUCUGAAUGAAAAAAAUGACAUUUAGAAUGUCACUGCCAGAGGUAAUGUAAAUCCACACUUUACUGAGAAAGCAAAGCGGCUCAAAAGUAAAACUGAAAUGUUUUUUCCACAGGUAGAGUCACAGAGCGCUUAGCUGAAUGUCACUUGUUUCCAUUCAACUUUCCAUAAUCAGUGUAGGCGUUUCCCACAGGGCUUAAAACAACUCCUGUCUUAUGUAAGAGCAGUGCUUCUCACAAUUCAAGUACAGGAUCCUUAGGGGUAACUGAAGGUGCUGGGGGCUGCUGAGCUUAUCAGGGGCCUCUCUAAGGACAUGUCAAGUUGUGUAGCGUGAGAAGCAGCAGAUGCUGAGUGAGCCUGUGCCAAGGAAACUUUGUUGUCAUCAUCCAGCAAAGAGGUUCAGAGUGCAAGAAUGGCAUGUUACUCAGGUUAAGAGUUUUUUUUGCAGGUAAAGGUCCAUCCAUUUUCUGAAGCUGCUACUUCUAAUACAGCAACAUCACGAGAAAAACACAUUCACAUAAAUAUCCAUCCAUCCAUUUCCCAACCCGCUGAAUCCGAAUACAGGGUCACGGGGGUCUGCUGGAGCCAAUCCCAGCCAACACAGGGCACAAGGCAGGAACCAAUCCCGGGCAGGGUGCCAACCCACCGCAGCAUUCACAUAAAUACCCCCGUUUAAUUAACAUACGGUCUCCAGUUAAGUUUAUGUCUCUUAGAAGGUGGUGCAAGUUAGAGCUAAUAUGCUUUGUCAUAAAUAGAAUGUACUGACUGACCCAAACAGUAAUGACAAGACCCGACAUAUUAUUGAACCCAUCUCCUCAGGACCUUGACACAAUUGUGCUCCCCACACCAUCACUAUGUCACCCUUUAAAUUUUUUCUCCCAUCUAGAGAGCAUGUAAGCUCCAUACAGCUAGUGACCAGGCUGGGCUUUAAACCCAGUACUAAAAUAUGAAUCUUCUAAUUUUAUAUAGUGCCUUUUGUAUAAUAAAAAAAAUAUA